AUGGCGAUCGCAUCUCCAUCAACACCAAGUUUUUCUGCUUUCUUCUGUUGCAAACGCAGUGAGUCAACUCACCUAACUAGCUUCCCUUCCACCUUUUCAACUCUACGGACUCGCCGCCUUCCACCUCGCCGAUUUGCGAUCACCUCUAGACUCAACUCCUCGAAGCCUUCCGGCGCAGGAGGCUCCGUCUCUCCUGACAAUGGCGGAAGUGAAGGUUUCGAGCAGUAUGAGCUGCAACAUGGAUUCACUGGUCCGGUGGAGCGGCGUAGGAGGGAAUCGCCAGUGUACGUGACACUGCCUGCGGAUUCGGUGGCAGAGGAUGGAAAGGUGAGGAGGAUUAAGGUCUUGACGGCGUCGUUGAGAGCGUUGUCGACUGCUGGAGUGGAAGGUGUGGUUAUGGAGGUUUGGUGGGGGAUAGUAGAGAGGGAGAAGCCUAGGGUUUAUAAUUGGGGAGGGUAUUUGGAUCUUGUGGCGUUAGCCAGACGGUGUGGGUUGAAGGUUAGAGCUGUCUUGGCUUUUCAUCAAUGUGGCACUGGACCUGGAGACUCUCUUUGGAUUCCUCUUCCUCAAUGGGUGCUUGAAGAGAUUGAUAAAGAUCCAGAUAUAGCAUAUUCUGACCGAUUUGGAAGAAGAAACAUGGAAUAUAUUUCUCUUGGAUGUGAUAUGUUUCCUGUGCUGAAGGGACGAUCUCCGCUCCAAACAUAUUCAGAUUUUAUGAUAAACUUCAGAGAUACUUUUAGACCUUUACUUGGUGUUGUCAUUACGGGAGUCCAAGUUGGCAUGGGUCCUGCAGGUGAAUUAAGGUAUCCUUCAUGCCCUUCUCAGAAGCUAGCGCAGGCUUGGCGUACACGUGAACUUGGAGAGUUUCAGUGCUAUGAUAAGUAUAUGGUUGCAUCUCUGAAUGCCUGUGCUCAUGAUGUUGGAAUGUGUGAAUGGGGAUAUCGAGGCCCCAUGGAUGCUGGUAAUUUGAUGCAUGACCCUGAGAGCACUGACUUUUUUAAAAGUAAUGGUGGAUCAUGGAAUACUCCAUAUGGGAAAUUUUUUCUUCAAUGGUACUCUGGGAUGCUGCUGCUUCACGGGGAAAGGAUAUGUAGGGAAGCCAAGACCAUCUUUCAGGGUACUGAAGUUGAUACUGCAGCCAAAGUGGCCAGAAUCCACUGGCAUUAUGGGACACAAUCUCAUCCAUCUGAGUUGACAGCUGGCUACUACAAUACUUCAAGAAGAGAUGGGUACUUGCCGAUUGCUCGCAUGUUUGGUAGGUAUGGUUUUGGUUUAUGCUGCUCAGGCUUUGGAAUGAGAGAUGUUGAAGAGAAACAGACAAACCCAGCCAGCAGUCCAGAAGGUUUUCUUAAACAGCUUUUAUUGGCAGCUAGGGUCUGUCACAUACCAAUGGAAGGUGAAAUUUCUGCCACUUUUUUGGACGAUGAAUCCUUUGAACAGGUGCUAAAGAUGUCAAGAUUCUACUCAUAUGGUCUUGAAAGCCCCUCCUUUUCUUUCAACUUUAUGAGGAUGGACAGACACCUCUUUGAACAACGUAACUGGGUUCGUUUUACUCGUUUUGUAAGGCAAUUCUCAGGGGCCAAUAUUUUUCGAGCCGGAUUAGAUUUUGGAGGCGAUGUACAACCAACUUCAAUGUCAGAUGUUGUAAGAGUUGCGUAUACAUAUUAUUAA